UCGCGUAAAUCGACAUCAACAAAUACAACUUCGACAUGGCACCAAAGAAUUGAGUUAUAUUUCGUUGUUUUUGGUUAUUUUCAUCGCUUUUUCGAAUGGACUUAGUAGCAGUCUAGAAGACAUAGCGAAAUGUAGAAGUGUAUGUAAUAGAACUUAUGCUCUUCAUACAUAUAAAACGGGUAAACAUUAUGAAGCCUGUAUACAUGGCUGUUUCGGCGCUGCAAGAGAAAAUAUGUGGCGAAGAUUUAGAUUUCCAGUUGAACGUAAUUGUUCUCAAGAGUGUAAAGUUCGAUUUGCAUCUGGAAGCUAUUAUGCUUGCCAGACUGGUUGUAGUUGGGGAAAGAACAUUGAAAUUCAUCAAACUGUUGAAACUAACCCAACAGAAUCACACCAGGAGCAACAUAGUACAGUUGCAGGGAUGAUCCUUCAUCCUGUCAUGCUUCUACGAACAUAUGGACGUGGUAUGAUUAACAGACUUACUUAUUACAUUCAAUCUUCUACUUCAUAUUAUUUCCGUUCUGAGAAUGGAGGAUUGGUUGUUGUCAACAUUCAGGAUCAGCCAAGAAUAAUUGUUUCAUCCAAAGACCCAAAUGCUAGGAACAAUGAAAUCGAUGUUCCAGGAAAGCAAAGUGAUGAAAAUACAAAUGGAAAGUACGGUGAACAAUAUGAAUCAUGGAUUAUUGUUCGUCGUGGUCAUCAUUGGCUUAAUUGUGUCUCCCACAAAUCUGGUAUUCCAAUGUGGAUCUUGAGUAGCAUUCUCUUUCUUUCUUCAUUCUUUCUACUUUGGUUGUGUUGUGCUGCUACUCUCUCAAGCUCAUCUUCAAAAAAAUCUUGCAGAAAACCAAAGAAGGCAUUCCUUAUCAGAGAAUUUUUGUCUGAAGGAAAAGCAAAAGAUGACGUACCUUUGUUGAGCCUUGAUGAGAAUGAGGCCCAGGCUGGCUCAUUGCCAUCUAAAUAAGUAAAUGUAGUAAUAUCUAUUUUUCAUUGGGUAGUAAAAAUUUGACUUCAGAAAUUGUAGUUUAUUAGUUUUGACUGUGAAUAUGCACUUUAUUUGGAAAAUGGUGUUUUCUUCAUUACGUAUAUAUAAUACAUUUAUUCAUUUCACAUGCACGAACGAUGUCAUUAUUCAAACUUAAAGUAGAUUUACUUAAUGUACUCGUAAUUUCUAUAAUCCUCCAUAUGUCUCUGGGUAAUUAAAUUUUGUUUGUAGAGAGUAA